AUGGCCCCCAACGAUAUCACCAGCCCAGAAGUUGGGAAGGCGACCGAGGUCGAAGUCGAGGACGCGAAGGCUGUCCUGCCUGAAGCGGUCGUCACCCAUUAUGCCCCGGUUAACGAAGAAGAGAGCGACCUGGACAAGAGGGUAAACUGGAAGCUGGAUAUCACUGUCCUAUUAAUUUUAUCCAUCAGCUUCAUUCUCUGCGGCAUCGACAAAACCAACGUCGGCUUCGUAGCAACAAGCAGCUUCGUCAAGGACGCCAACCUCCACCCAGACGACAUUCCCAACUCCCUCUCCCUAUUCUCCGCAACGUACGUCCCGCUCCAGCCCCUCGCAGCCCUCCUCGCGCGACGCAUCGGCCCGCACCGCUUCCUCCCCCUGCAACUGCUCGUCUGGGGCUCUCUCUGCAUGGCACACGCCGCCAUCCGCUCCUCGGGCACGCUCGUCGCGCUGCGCCUCCUCCUGGGCGCGGCCGAGGCCGGCUUCACGCAGACGGCGUUUUAUUACAUGUCGCUGCUGUACCCCAAGUUUGCGCUGGGGUUCCGGAUGGGCCUGUUUACGGGGAUGUAUGCGGUGGCGGGGGCGUUUGCGGGGUUGAUUGCGUAUGGGUUGUUGAAGGUGGAGGGGGGUGGGGUGAGGGGGUGGCAGGUGGUGUUUUUGGUGGAGGGGGGCGUGACGGUGUUGGUGGCGGUGGUGGCGUUUGUGGUGUUGCCUGGGGGGGUGGGUAGGGCGUGGUUUUUCGGGGAGAGGGAGAGGGAGCAUGCGGCGGGGAGGAUGGAGAGGGAUUUGGCGGGGGUGAGGGAGGGGGAGGGGGAGGGGAAUGGGGGUGAAGGCGAGGGAUUUGCUGGAUGUGCUGAAGGAUUGGAGGAAGAUGCUGAUUAUUGUGUGCAAUAUCACGGCUGUGUUGCCUUUACCACAUUCCUCCCGCUCAUUGUCCAGGGCAUGGACUACCGCGGCGUGACGGCAACGUUGAUGUCCGUCCCACCGUUCGCCGUCGGCGUCGUUGGUCUGCUCAUUAUUGUCUACUCGUCGGAUUAUUUCCACGAACGCUCGCUACACACCGUGUUCGGCAUGCUCUUGGGGCUGAUUGGAUGUGCCGUCAUGGUUGCUUCCUCUGACCCUAAGCUCCGCUAUGGGUUCGCCCAUGUGUGCCUCUCCGGCGUGUUCGCGAGCGGCCCGCUUGUUGCUGUGUGGUUGGCGGGCAACACGCCGUGGAAAGCCUCCCGGUCCUUUGUACUCGGUCUGAACGGCUAUUCCAACUUGGCUGGCGUUAUCGCUGGGCAGCUGUUCAAGAGCAAAUAUGCUCCCAGCUACGCAUACCCAUUGACCGUCACUAUGAUUCUGAAUGCUGUUGGUAUGCUUGGGUUUCUGUUCGUGCGAGGCAUGUACAUGUGGGAGAACAGAAAGAGGAAGAAGAUCACGUCCACUUGGACUGAGGACGACUUCAUCAAUGAGCAGGGCAGUACAAAGCGGAGAGGUGAUCAGCGGUAUACAUGGAUUUACGGAUAUUGA